AUGAACACUAGUACAGAGGAUUUCACAUUCCCAGUAAUUAUCACUAGCAACGACGUUAAUGUCUUUCCUUCUCUAUGGCGAAUUUGCUCAAUCGACCAAUCGGAUAAUUGCGCCCAUAAUUCCGAGCACCAAAUUGGGAUCAUAUUUAGAAAGAGAAUUUUCACGAGCUUGCCACAUUUGGAAAGUGACAAAAAUGGAAAGUUAGAUGGAGGCUCAAAGGCAGAUGAAGAGAAGAUGGACGAGCUUUGGGAGGAUUUCAACGAAGAAUUAUUACAAGACGGAUUAGGUAACAAUCUUGAGACUAAUUUUAGUGAUGGUAGCAAUUGUCCCUUGGAAUUGUCCUCCAAUUAUUCUGAGAUUUGUUACAGUAAUGGUGACGAUCAAAGUGAUGAUUGGUUUAGGGAUGAUUUUGAGGAAGGGCUGAAAAUGGAGUGUGGGAUUUUGAAGAGAAAGAAUUUAGAUUUGUGGGGGAAGAUGUUGAAGAAGCUGUUUUUGCUGCAAAAUAUAGCUGCUGUCAAGAAAAAGAGUUCAUAA